AUGCAGAUCGCAAGAGAACAUAUUCGCGAUGUCGAGUUCCAAGUCUACGAGGCUGCCGACGAUAUCGGCGGAGUAUGGCACCAUAACCGGUACGCCGGAGUCGCCUGUGAUAUUCCAUCACACAGUUAUCAGUUUUCCUUCUGCCAAAAUACGCAGUGGUCAAAGUUCUACGCCCCUGGUGAGGAGAUCCAUAACUAUCUAAAAAGGGUAGUUGGCCACUAUAACCUGCAAAGAUUCAUCAAGCUCAGGCACCGAGUUAUCGGAGCAACUUGGUCUCAAGAAAAGGGAAAAUGGGCCGUCGCUGUACAAAACCUUGAAACGGGAAAAGAGACAGUUGACGAGGCUGACUUUAUUCUGUACGCCACUGGAUUGUUAUCCAAGCCUAAGUGGCCUUCCAUUACGGGGCGAGAAACUUAUCAAGGCCUUCUUCAUCACUCCGCAAAUUGGGAUGCUGCGAAAGAAGAGAAGCAAGACGGCUUUUCGUGGAAAGACAAGAGAGUUGCUGUUAUCGGGGCAGGGUCCAGCGGUAUUCAGAUCAUGCCAGAAAUGCAGAGGAAAGCCAAACAUGUCACCAACUUUGUGAGGAGCAGAACAUGGGUAUCUUCGACGUUUGCAGCUGAUUUCAUGGAAAAGUUUGAUUGUCCCAAAGGUUCCAGCAACCAUACCUUUACGGCUGAAGAAAAGAAGCGCUUCAUGGAUGAAAGCUACUACCAGCAGGUUCGCCGCGAACUCGAACGGGGGCUUAACUCCGUCCACAAGCUCACCGAGCAGGACCAUCCGACACAGCUUGAGGCUAGAAAGGUUGUGGAGCAAGCAAUGAAAGAGAAGCUGGAAGCAAAACCCGAGAUUGCCGAGAAGCUGAUACCAGAUUUCCCGGUGGCUUGCAAGCGUCUCACGCCGGGGCCAGGCUAUCUGGAAUGCCUUUUGGCGGACAAUGUUGAUUUCUGUUCCCAGGAAUUGGCAUGUUUCACCGAGAAAGGGCUGAUGACCGCUGAUGGCUGCGAACGCGAGUUCGACGCCAUUAUCUGUGCAACCGGUUUUGACGUAUCCGCCGUACCCGCUUUCCCCAUUCAUGGCUUGGACAGGGUGAACCUUCAGGAUCUCUGGGCCAAGGAACCAAAGCAAUACUUGGGCGUCUGCAUUCCCCAAAUGCCCAACCUCUUCAUGGUUUUGGGCGCCCAGUCGGGCGUCGGUACAGGCUCGCUUCUUCUCUUGAUGGAGCAGCAAAUCGCCUACGCAACCAAAUGCAUUCAAAAGUGCGCCCGAGAGGGCUACAAAAGCAUCGUCGUCAAAGGGAGUGCAGUGGAUUCGUUUCUCAAAUACACAGAUAACUACUUUGAUAGGACAGUGUUCAACGGGAACUGUAGGUCCUGGUACAAGAACGGAGCCACGGGUAAAGCGAAAAUUAGGACCUUGUGGCCUGGAUCCUGCCUGCACGCCUACACUGCUUUGCGCCAUCCUCGUUGGGAAGACUUUGACUACGAGAGACUGGAUGAAUAUGACCAUCCAAUGGCCUGGCUAGGAAACGGAGACGUGCAACCUGACCUCGAUCGUACGUUCUAUUUCGAAGAACUCUGGGGCAUGCAUAAAGACCAUCCUAUGUUUCAUUAA